AUGCCCGAUAUAGAAAGCGACUGGAUAGCCAAGCUAUACAGCUCAGCACUUCAAACCAGGAAAAUGGCGGACACUGCUGGCUGGAGCACAAUUGAGUCUGAUGAGGGUGUCUUCACCUCUCUAGUCGAGAACCUCGGCGUCAAGGGCGUGCAGUUCGAGGAGCUGAUCUCGCUUGAUCCUGAUACCAUACGCUCACUGGGAACAGUUUACGGUGUAAUCUUUCUUUUCAAAUACCUCCGCCAAACACCCGACAUUAACACAUCCUCAUCCGCCGACGGCACCCCAACCGACCCUUCCACGCUCCCACCCUCCUUCUUCUUCGCUAACCAAACUAUCCAAAACGCCUGCGGCACACAAGCGAUUCUCUCCGUCCUGCUAAACCACGACACCCCUUCGCCAGAGAACAACAAUGACCCCAUCACCCUCGGCCCUGAGCUUUCCUCCUUCAAGGAUUUCACGACGGGAUUUCCCUCGGACCUGCGCGGCGAGGCGCUUUCAAACUCUGAAGCAAUUCGUACCGCGCAUAAUGCGUUUGCGCGCGCGAGCCCCUUCGUCGAUGAGACGGUGCGGCCGCGCGACGAAGACGAGGAAGGCGACGUGUACCACUUUAUUGCGUAUACGCCUGUGAACGGGACGCUGUAUGAAUUGGACGGAUUGCAGGCGAGCCCGAUAUCCCAUGGGCCGUGUGAUGCGAGCAUUUUUCCGGAGAAGGUGAUUGAGGUUCUACAGAAGCGAAUCGCGCGGUAUCCUGAGACGGAAACGAGGUUCAACCUCAUGGCUGUUGUGAAGGAUUUGAGGAUCCGGGCUGCGGAGAUGGGGGACCAGGAAGCACUUAAUACGGAGGAGAGAAAGAGAGCUGGUUGGGCUUGGGAGAAUUCUUUGCGCAGGAGUAAUUUUGUUGGGUUUAUUGGAGAGGUGCUGAAGGGGGUUACUAAGGUGAAGGAGGAGGAGGGAAGUGUGGAGGAGUGGGUUAAGAGGGCUGAGGCGGAGACGGCAAGGAGAUUGAGGCGUUAG